AUGGAGUUAGCUGCUAACAGAGUUGAGGCGAGACCCCUACUAGAUCAGAACCUUUACAAAUCUAUUUGGGCUAGUAAAAUACCACCAAAGCUACACCUAUUUCUCUGGAAGAUAACGCAAGGAGCACUAGCGCUUGGAGAAAAUUUGGCUAGGCGAGGUAUCCUCAACAACAUCUCAUGUCGCCACUGCGGAGAACCAGAGACCACAGAUCAUUUGUUUCUUCACUGUGUCUUCACACGACAGAUAUGGGCUUCACACAUCUGGACUUCUCCCUUUGACCCAAGGCUUCACGCCUCCUUCGCUGAAGCUUUCAUCGGUUCAACAGCGGCCACUAAUCUUCCACCAUUAGGAGUAGCGACUAACCUCUUUCCUUGGAUUACUUGGGGAAUCUGGACAGCAAGAAACUACUAUGUUUUUGAGAAUAGAGUCUUCACACCUACGGAAAUCAUAGCAAAUGUUAUCAGAUUGGCAAGAGAAUGGAACAUCGCGCAAACAUCUCCAAACUCAAUUCCCUCGCCACAUCACAACCGAACGCUUCCACCAACCCUGACAUCCCCAUUUGUAGUCUGUUUAACUGAUGCAGCUUGGCAGGCUGGAUCAAAGAAGGCAGGCUGUGGAUGGAUCCUCAUGGACCACCGGGAUGCGUGGCUGAAGCAGGGAACGAGUACUUUCAACUACACUUCAUCGCCACUGAUGGCUGAGGCUCUCGCCGUCAGAACAGCUCUCCUCAACGCCCUCGAAGUGGGCUAUACCAGAAUCUGUAUUAAAUCAGAUUGUCUAGCACUUGUUGCUAUUAUCUCCUCGAAACAACACCCGGCGGAUCUCCACGGAAUCACUCGGGAUAUCGAGCAUUUAUCUCUCUCCUUUGAUUGUAUCUCCUUUGUUUUCAUUUCCAGAAACUUGAACUCGGCUGCUGAUGCCCUUGUGAAAUCAUCUCUGUACUCUGCUCCCACCAACUAG